CAUCUUCCCGAAGCGACACCCAACGAGGCACAGGGAGGAGAUUUUCCUUAUCCUCCUGAUGCCGCUUCUCAUGCGUCUCUCCCCACCGGCGGCGGCGCCGUCGCCGCCGUACCGGCGAAGCCACGGAGGUUCUACCACGAGAUUAUACGCCGUACUCCCCGAGACCUCAGAGCGAAUGUUUCUUGUAGCUAGACAUGCCUCGUCGUCGACUGAUCCGGUGCGUCCUGGGAGCGACAACUUUGAUAUAGCUAAUGGACAUGGUCAUGUCCUUAUCAAGUCUACAUCUGAUCUUCAGAAAGCUGUAUCUUCUUGUUUCGGGAAAGCAUUGGUGACCAGCAGUGCUGUCAUGCUUGUGAUGCCGCCCAGUUGCUUGGCAGAAGAAUGCGACCCGGGGUACUCUCUUCCUAACAUGCCGCUGUUGUUUGCGAUAGCCAUGGUCGGUGCUACUGUUGGAGGGCUCCUUGCGAGACAAAGGAAAGGGGAACUUAAAAAGCUUAACGAUCAGCUACGACAGAUAAAUGCUUCACUGAGAAGACAAGCCAAGAUAGAAUCCUAUGCUCCUGCUUUGAGCUAUGCACCGGCUGCUAGUAAGAUACCAGAAUCAGAAGUCAUUGUUGAUCCUCACAAACAGCGCCUGCUCACAUAUCUGAGGACUGGGAAGAACUACCUGAGAAACCAAGCUCCAGACAAGGCAUUUUCUGAGUUUAAGGCAGCUCUUGAUCUUGCACAAUCUUUGGGUGAUCAUGUUGAAGAGAAGAAGGCGGCACGAGGAUUAGGAGCAUCAUUGCAAAGACAAGGAAAUUACAAGGAAGCAAUAAAGUACCACUCCAUGGUUCUCAGCAUCUCCAAGAUGACUGGAGAGGAUUCUGGUGUCACUGAGGCAUAUGGGGCAAUAGCCGAUUGCUACACCGAAGUUGGUGAGCUCGAGAAGGCAGGCAAGUUCUACGAUGAGUACAUUGCAAGAUUGGAGAAUGACUGAAAAUGUGUGUGUGUGUGUGCGCGCGCUACCUGUGAGAAUGCAAACACCGCUAAACUUUUCGUUCUUCACUAGUCAUAUGAUGUUUUGUAGAUGUGCAGUUCCUGGCAACAAAAAAGACUGGUUUAUUAUAUCUUCUAAGUUGUUUCCCCUGAAUUAUGUGAGAUCAUUUGGGUCA